AUUGGUUCAAUAAUUGUUUGGAAGAAAAAGAAAGGGUAGCAAUGGGAGCAUACCAUUAAAAAGAGAACACGUGUCAAAUAGCAAUUGGAAGGUAUUCCACGUGAAAGUGAAAUGAUAUAUUCUGUUGGAAAGUGAAGAAAGAAAGAAAAGGAAGAGAAAGAAAAGAAAAUGGCGGAGGCGGCGGCGGUGGAGAUGGAACUCAUCAGCCUUGCGAUUCGGAGGCUGAUGGAGGAGAAUCGCCACAGAACCAACUCUCAUCGGAGCUCCGAUGCCGAUGCCGAUGCCGACGCCGACGAUAUGCAACUUCUUUCCCGAUUACUCUCUGAGGUGGAAUCAACAAGAGGAGAACAGAGGCUUAACCACUCGAAGCAAGAGGAUGGGGAAAUAAUUGAAACAAACUUAGAGGCAGAAAGAGAAAAUAAUGUGGAAAGAAGUGAAAUGAAAUUGAAAACAGAGGAGAUAGUGAAAGAGCUAAAAGAAGUGAAGAAGCAAAAUUUCAUAACUCACUGCCUUGUUUCAGCAAUGAUUAUCCUCACUGUUGCUUGGCAAAUCUCUGAAGUGUCUUUCAUUUUGAAACUCAGAGAUGGGUUGUUGAGCAAUCCAUUCAAAUCCCUAGCAACAAUUCUGAAAAGAAAGACAACUUCAGCAAUACAACAUCAGAUUGAAGCUACUGAAUUGCCUCAUCUUAAUAUACCUGCCUUACCUCACGUGACCUUACCCGACUUCGAUGAUUCAUAGCUUCAUCAAGAUAUCAUCAUAUAAGUUGUGUUCCUUUGAUUUUGUUUUUCUAGCCACAACUAAACAUUUGUACAAACUUUGUAUCUAUAUUAGUUGUUCUAAAGGAAGAAAUUAUAUUGAAA